GAGGCGAACGUACCUCCAUGCCGCGCGCUCUCGCCUGGAGAGCGCUCGCGGGCCAGGAAACGACUCGUCGUCGUCGUCGUCGUAGGCGAGAGCGCUUCUGGCCAUACACCUCGCACUCGACGCUCGCCAAUUCCACGGAAUUGGAUCAGGCAGAGGCUGCGUAGGAAUCGAGACGGAGGCAGGAUGACAACAGCCGUCGCGGGAAGGUUGCCUUUGCUGGGUUGCUCCGUCGUAGAUGCAUCGAAACGGACGAUAGGUGGCAGGAAUGGGAAGAAGGUAGUGAGGACGCGUUUGGCCGGCGACAGGGGACGUUGUGCUGGAAGAAGGCGAACUCUAGUGCUAGAUAGCUCACUGACGAACGCCUGGUGUGAGUGGCGAAUGAGUGCCAAGGUGUUUGCGCAAUUUAUGCCUGCAGUUGGAGGUGGAGAACACCACGGACCUGUCGUUGUAAAUGAUCUCGGAGGGCAAUACGAGGACUCUUUUGAAGAUGUCGACAAGCACCUGUUGGAUUACUUCACAUACAAGGCAGUCAGGACAGUCCUGGCACAACUAUUCGAGAUGAAUCCUGCACAAUAUUCAUGGUUAUACUCGUUUGUUGUUAAUAAUAAACCGAAAGACAGUAAGGUGUUUCUCCAACUACUAGUGAAGGAAAGGCAAGAGCUGGGUGAACGCGUUAUGGUGACAAGACUGCACCUAUUUAACAAAUGGGUGAAGAAGUACAAUCAUGCCAAAUUGCACAAAGCCAUAUCCGAUGAGAACUUGGAGCUUUUGCGAGAACGAUUAAUCCAGACAGUGAGAUUUCCAUCUUCGAAUGCCGAUGAUGCAGGAAAGCCCAAUAUUAGAUGAAGGGUGUGUUAGACUCCUCUUUGUCUGAGGCUGAGCUCCUUCUUUUACCGAUGUGGAGAUCUUUUGUUUGUUCGACGAGACCUGUGCACCAUAUUGGUGCAGAAUGAUGAAAGCGGAGAGGUACCUCGUGAGUUUACCUGUGAGGUAUGUGGUGUAGAAAACGAGUGGUAGACCUGUCCUGCAGGAUGUACAUAUUUUACUUCGAGAUUUUCUCUUGGAAGUUCAGUUGGCUCAUUAUAUAAAUUCAUACCUUGUCACGCCUACCAGUGCCAAAACUGAGUAAGCUGUCCAGCAGGACACUCAACUGAAAUCAAUUCAGGUGGCUUUAACCCCGGGAAGAGAGCAUGGAUGUUCCGAAGGUGUACUCGGUUGUGAUGUUAUGAAAAAUUCAUUCCAU